GAUGGUUGUAUGGAAACACAAUGAUACAUUGUGGCUGUAAAACAAUAGAUAAAGGAACCGCAGCAGCCUACUGUUAAAGAUUAAAUGUAAUAACUUUAUAAUGUAUUGCCUUGGCCACUUUAAGUGAACGAACAGUGACCUUUAUCCUUGCCGCUAAUAUAGUGCCCCUUCUGUUCCGAAAUUCAUUGCCGCCGAGACCUAAUAAGGUAAGAGUCUGACAUCUGACCUUGCCCCAUUCCGCGCUCCACAGCGAGGUAUACCUUGAACGGAAGCCGAGAGGGGCGUCUCCUCGUCUGGCAAGACUGCAGUACUUCGCGGGCGGUCCUAACGACUCUCCUCCAGAGGAAGUACUCUCUCCAUAAAGUCGCUAGAUUUGUCCCUAGUCGCUUUUUUGAGUAAUAGUCGCUAAACGGGUGUUAAAAGUCGAUAAGUUGGCAGCGCUGGCUCCAGGAAAGAAAUAUAGGCCUAACCUAAGUGCAUUUAAAGUCCCCACAACUGAUGAAAACAAGGAGGUGUAGGUCAGUGUUUGUAUGUUAGGCAGCGCAGGAGAGGGGGAGAGACAGAGAGAGAGAGAAAGGGAGAGGGAGAGAGAGCGAGAGACCAGAACAAGACCUAGUAUGUGCGCAGAAGCUGAACUGCACAUUUGUGCGUUGUUUAAAUUACACACCGUGACUUUUACCCCGUUUCUUGAAAUAGCUAUGACUUGCAGACAAAUCGCGAGAGUUUUUUCCGGGUGAAUCAUUUUACAUUCUUAAUUCUUGGACAAAACAAAUCGUUCGAAUCUGGUUCGCAAUGAGCGCUUCUGCGGGGACGGGAGUGUUUUUACUCUCCCUGAUGUCCAUCCCCAUGUGCUAUUUGUUCAAUUCCCUCAUUUGCAACAACAGUGCUGAAGCUUUCUUCUCCACUGGCUGCACAACAGUCCUCAUAUUGGCCAUUUCAGUGCGUUUUAUGUUCAAGAAGAAGGUUCCAGUGGAUCCCGUUUUCUAUGUGUUUGCAGUGUAUGCAUUCCUCAGUGUGGUGAAUCUGAUCAUUGGUCUGGAGCAGGACAACAUUAUUGAUGGAUUUGUGACAUUUUACCUCAAAGAGGCAGCUCCACAUAUUAAUACAGCACAUGGGCACAUGAUCUCCUAUUGGGAUGGCUGUGUGCACUAUCUCAUGUAUCUGCUCAUGAUUGCAGCCAUUACUUGGGGGUAUGUGCUGCACUGGUCACAAAUGUUGCAUGGUUUGCACAGGGAUAGUUACAGAGCCAUUGGACUCUACUGGGUGGGAUCUUUUCUCAUGCGUACCAUAGUCUACAUUCUUGGGAAUGCUGUGGGGAAAUAUGGGACCCACAUUGGCCCUCUCUUCCUCCUCCACAUGCUGUAUAUUUCAGUGUCUGUCUGGACAUGCUUCCGCAUCUUCAGCCUGCCCUCCAAACAGGACCGUCAGCUGACAUGCACCCAGGAGGAUGAAAGAAAAAGUUUGCUCCACAGACCUCUUGACCUGCUGUUUGUUAUCUACCUCAUCCCAGCUUUUGCUUUUUGUAUCUUCCGAGGUCUGAUUGUUCUGGACUGUUCCAGCAAAUGUUGUCAAGACUACACACAACAAUAUGAACCCUACCUUAAAGACCCGUCAGCCUAUCCUAAAGUACAGAUGCUGGUGAACAUGCUGUACUCUGGGCCAUACUACAUCAUGACUCUCUAUGGGUUGUUGGUCCCAGGAUGUGAGUGGAUGCCAGAGCUGACUCUUGUACACUCGGGAGCACUGGCACAGGCCCAGUUCUCUCAUAUUGGUGCGUCUCUUCACACACGGACACCAUUCUCCUAUAGAGUACCUGCUGAUAGCCAGCCUAUCUUUUUGCUGCUCAAUGUCCUGUACACUGUGGUGCCUCAGGCUCUGUGCUACCAUUGCUGCACCAAGCCUGCAUUCUUUCUCAGGCCAAUGCCAGAUAAGAAAAGUGAAUGACAAUGUCAUUGAGUGAAUGCCAGGGAUGUCAAGGAUUCCUAAAUAAACAACUGAAACACUUGCAAAGUACUGCACUGUGUUUGAAGUUGCUAUUUUUGGAAAGCGGUCUGCCACCUGUAUAAUGUUAUUUAGGGCUAAGUUGCAAUAUGAGAUAUAAUAUGUGUCAUCUAGCAUUUUUAGCAUGUUUUUUCUUUUAAUUGAAAAUGUGAACAUAAAAAAAAAGUAUGCCUUUGUGUUUAAAGCAACAGCAAGCAAAUAUUGGCACACAGUGUCACUGUACAGCUAAUAGUGUGUUAGGACUUUUGAAUUGGAUUCAAAUACUAAUUGUUCUUAUAUUUUUGGUACUUUUUGGUUACAAAAACACAGAGGUUCCUGUGCAGUGCCUUUUACGCAGUGGUUUAACAAAUAAAACAUUAUUCAUAUG